GCGCGCCACCCUCGCUAGCCCCCUCCCCCAAAUCCACGGAACUCCCGGGCCGCGGUGCCACCCGCAUUACUCAUUCAUCGCAUUCAGACUCCCCAGCAUUUAUUACGGGCUCCGGGCGCCCGCCUCUCACUUUCAGCUCCAUCUGGCUGGAGAGCCUCUUGCUGCCGGCACUCGGGGAGACCUUUCUUGGUAGUCAUGCUUAUCCCCACCGUGCUCCUGUGUGCUCUCUGGUCCUCAGUGUCCGCGGAGAACUCCGAUGACUACGAGCUCAUGUAUGUGAAUCUGGACAAUGAGAUAGACAAUGGACUCCAGCCCACUGAGGACCCCACGCCGUGCGACUGUCGCCAGGAGCUCUCCAAGUGGGACAAGCUCUUCAUCAUGCUGGAGGACUCACAGAUGCGCGAGGGCAUGCUGCUGCAGGCCACCGACCACGUCCUGCACGACGAGCUGCAGAGGCUGCGCGCCGAGCUGAGCCGGUUGGCUGGGGGCCUGGCGAGGCCGUGCGCACCGGCCGCCCCAGUGGACACCGGCCUGACGGGCGCGCUCGACCAGCUGCUGCUGGCGAGCAGGGAAGCGGGGCGCAGGCUGGCGCGCCUGGAGGCCGCGGAGGCGCAGCGCCGGGAGCCCGCGGGGUGCGCCCUGGGCGCUGUGCUGGAUGAGCUGCAGCGGACGCGCGCAGACCUGGGGGCGCUGCGGGGCUGGGUGGCGCGGCACUGGCUGCCGGCAGGCUGUGAGACAGCGAUUCUCUUCCCCAUGCGUUCCAAGAAGAUAUUUGGAAGUGUGCAUCCGGUGAUCCCCAUGAAGCUGGAGUCUUUCAGUGCCUGCCUUUGGGUUAAAGCCACCGAUGUCCUCAACAAAACCGUGCUGUUUUCCUAUGGCACCAAGAGGAACCCCUAUGAGAUCCAGCUGUACCUGAGCAAUCAGUCCACGGUAGUGGUGGUGGGCGGUGAGGAGAACAGACUAGUGGCUGAGACUGUAGUGUCCCUGGGCAGGUGGACCCAUCUGUGCAGCACCUGGAGUUCCGAGAAAGGGCACAUGUCCUUGUGGGUGAAUGGUGACCUGGUGGCUAGCACUGUCAAGAUGGCUAGGGGUCAUGUUGUUUCUGAGGGAGGAAUUCUGCAGAUUGGCCAAGAGAAGAAUGGCUGCUGUGUGGGUGGCGGCUUUGAAGAAGCCUUAGCCUUUUCUGGCCGACUCACUGGCUUCAACAUCUGGGAUCGAGUCCUCAGCAAUGAAGAGAUCAGAGAGGCUGGGGGAGUUGAGUCUUGCCACAUCCGGGGAAACGUGGUUGGCUGGGGGGUCACAGAGAUUCAGCCUCAUGGGGGAGCCCAGUAUGUCUCCUAAGUAUUGUGAAACUCCACUUGAAGCCAAAGAAAGAAACUCACAUCUGAAACACAUGCCUUUGGGGGGACGGUCUGAAAACCUCCAUGUGUAUAAAGAACACUUGAGAUUGAUGAAGGAGACAGUGAAGACCAAUUUUUAUUUAUCUCCACAGCAUACUGAACAAACAGCUGAAGGGGAGAUAUAGAAGGAGGUUUUGGAAAUAAAUUAAAUGAAUAAAAACAUUUUUUAAAAAGAAGGAUUUUGGGGAGGUAAUGUGACCAGACUUUAUGCGUGGUGCUUUCAGAUUAAUGUGCAUCUCUGUCAGAUAAAGCUGUCAAAUAACUAAGAAUUGUAUUCUUGAACAUAAGAACAAUAGUUUUACUUUUUUCUAGUUGAUUUUGUUUGGAUCGGAGAUGAAUUUUACAUGGAAGAAUAAAAUAACCUUUGUUGUCUUUUGUUUAUUGUUAUUGGUCUGUAUUGUAUUAGAAAAAAUGAUGAUAAAACAUAUUUAUGCUCUAAUGGGACUUAACAAAAUAUGGAUGUAGUUUAUGUGUAUCGAAUGUCAUUUGCUGAGAAGAUAGGUAUAUAAGUUAUAUUGUAAAAUGGUUUUGUAUUAAUUUUAUUGAGACUAUUUUUGUAAAGCUCUACUGUAAAUAAACAAAUUUGUAAAACUA